AUGGAUGGAGACAGUGAGCACAGUGCAUCACCAGAAUCUGAACCACACAGCGAGGAUUCUGAUGAUGAAGUGGAUUCUGGCAACAAUGCCUCUGUUGUUCUCGACAAAAUACCAGAGCAGAAUGGAAGCACCUCCUAUAUGAUGACGCAGGCGAAGUUUCGCAGUGAACGUUUCCGCCCAAGCAAAGCGACACAGCAGGCAAUAUUGGCGUGUCCAUCGCCAGACCAGUGCUGCGGCGGGGGAAGCUGGAGGACGCAGGUGUGGAUGGACACCGCCAUCGACUACCUCAUUGACCACCCGCAGUACGUGCUGCUGCGCAGCUGUCAGUCUGAGGUGGUGCAUGCUAUGAUUAAUAUUUUAACACACUUUUGCUGGACCUGGGUUGGUCUGUUGGACAGUGAUGAUGACUAUGGACUCCAUGCUGUACGAUCUUUCCAGUCCAACUUGGUUGAGUCUGGUGACGGUUGUCUGGCUUACUUAGAAGUUUUGCCUUUAAACAAGAAGCCAACUGAAUUUAAGAGGAUUGUGGAAGUGACAAAGAAAUCAACAGCUCGUGUGGUGAUUGCGUUUGCACAUAGCACACAAAUGAUUCAACACAUGGAAGAGGUGAUUAAACAGAAUGUGACAGGUCUGCAGUGGAUGGCCAGUGAAUCAUGGGUUUCAGCUCCUGUGUUACAGACCCCCAAACUCAUGCCAUAUCUGGGUGGAACUCUGGGUAUUGCUAUCCACCGAGGAGAAAUCCCAGGUCUGAAAGAGUUCCUGUUAAAAAUACAUCCUGGCCAACACCGUAACAACAGCUAUGGACAUAACUUGGUAAAGUGAUUUUGGGAAUUCACUUUUCAGUGUCGAUUUGCCCCACUUCCAACAGGUUGGGUGGAAACUGGCGGAGCACUAUGCACUGGACAGGAAGAUCUAAAGAAAGUGGAGAUUGAAUUUUUAGAUGUUUCAAAUCUGAGGUCAGAGUACAAUGUGUACAAGGCUGUGUACGCACCUGCAUAUGCCCUUGAUGACAUGCUGCAGUGUGUGCCAGGGAGAGGACCUUUCAGCAGGAAAAGCUGUGCCAGUUUAAAUAGCCUUGAGCUGUGGCAGCUUCCUCCUCGCAUUUCUGGCCCGAAAUCUCCGGACAGUUUUAAUGAGGCUAAACUCAUCACUUUCAGCAUGCUGAUAUUCUGUGCUGUGUGGGUGGCAUUUGUCCCAACGUAUAUCAGCUCCCCAGCCACUGUCGUCAAACCCACCAACAUGGGAGAAGUCAGGAUAGCAAUAGGUGAAGUGAGAGUCUCUCAUUCUACUGAUUCCAAGGAUUGCACCAGUUGUCCAGAGGACUUUUGGUCUAAUUCCAAGCGUGAUAAAUGCAUUCCCAAAGGAAUUGAGUUCCUGUCCUAUCAGGAGCCUCUGGGAAUCUGCUUGACAGCUGCUUCAUUGCUGGGGACAUUUAUCUGUGCUGUUGUUCUUGGAAUCUUCACAUAUUAUCGCAGUACACCCAUAGUACGAGCCAACAAUUCAGAACUGAGCUUCCUGCUCAUAAUUUUUCUAAAGCUGUGCUUCCUGUGUUCGCUGCUGUUUAUUGGCCGGCCUCAGCUGUGGACAUGUCAGCUGAGGCAUGCAGCAUUUGGGAUCAGCUUUGUGCUUUGUGUCUCAUGUAUCCUGGUAAAAACCAUGGUGGUUCUGGCUGUGUUUAAGUCCUCCAAACCAGGAGGUGGAACCAGGUUGCAAUGGUUUGGUGUCAGACAACAGAGAGGGACAGUUCUGUCUUUGAUUUCUGUCCAGGUAGUAAUCUGCAGUGUUUGGCUUGUCUCUUCCUCUCCAGCUCCUCCGAAAAACACUCAAUAUCACAAUGACAAAAUAGUUUAUGAAUGUGUUGUUGGAUCCACAGUUGGUUUUGCAGUGUUUUUAGGUUAUAUUGGCUUUCUGGCUGUCCUCAGCUUCCUCCUCGCAUUUCUGGCCCGAAAUCUUCCGGACAGUUUUAAUGAGGCUAAACUCAUCACUUUCAGCAUGCUGAUAUUCUGUGCUGUGUGGGUGGCAUUUGUCCCAACGUAUAUCAGCUCCCCAGGUAAAUAUGCAGAUGCAGUGGAAGUAUUUGCCAUCCUGGCCUCCUGUUUUGGCCUUUUGAUUGCACUAUUUGGACCCAAAUGUUACAUUAUCCUCUUAAGACCUGAAAGAAACACAAAGAAGGCAAUCAUGAGCCGAGAUAUUGACACUUAA